AUGAAAUGUAAAAAUAAAGAAAGUAAUAUAUCUAAAAAUAAAAAUGAAAAGGAACUUAUUUAUAAAAAAGAAAGAAAAUGUUGUAUAUGUAUGGUAAGUGAUUUUUUUUAUCCAAAUUUAGGAGGAAUAGAAAUGCAUAUAUUUGAAUUAUCUAAGCAUUUAAUAAGAAAAGGUUUUAAAGUAAUAGUAGUAACUCAUUGCUAUAAUAAUAGAACUGGGGUGAGAUGGAUGGGGAAUGGAAUUAAAGUGUAUUAUUUACCAUUUUAUCCAUUUUUAGAUAUUGUAACUUUUCCAAAUAUUAUAGGAACAUUGCCAUUAUGUAGAAAUAUUUUAUACAGAGAAAAAGUUGAUAUAGUUCAUGGGCAUCAAGCAACAUCACCAUUAGCUCAUGAAUUUAUUUUGCAUGCCAAAUCUUUAGGUAUAAAAACUAUAUACACUGAUCAUUCUUUAUAUAGCUUUUCAGAUAAAGGAUGUAUUCAUGUAAAUAAAUUGUUAAAGUAUUGUAUUAUGGAUGUUGAUCAUUCUAUAUGUGUAUCACACACAAAUCGUGAGAACCUGGUUUUAAGAACAGAAAUAAAUCCUUAUAACACUUCAGUAAUUGGUAAUGCUCUUGAUACAAAAAAGUUUGUUCCUUGUAUAAGUAAAAGACCUAAAUUUCCAAGAAUAAAUAUUAUAGUUAUCAGUAGAUUAACAUAUAGAAAAGGCAUUGAUUUAAUUGUGAAAGUUAUUCCACCAGUGUGCAAAAAAUAUCCAUUUAUAAAAUUUAUAAUAGGUGGUGACGGUCCUAAGAGAGUACUUUUAGAAGAAAUGAGAGAAAAAUAUCAUUUACAUAAUUCUGUUGUAUUAUUAGGGAAAAUAAAACAUGAAAAUGUUAAAAACAUUUUACAAACAGGCCAUAUAUUUUUGAAUACUUCUUUGACCGAAGCUUUUUGUAUAGCUAUAAUUGAAGCUGCUAGCUGUGGAUUGCUAGUCAUUUCAACUGAUGUAGGAGGAAUUUCUGAGGUUUUACCUCAAGAUAUGAUGAUUUUAUCAAAACCUAAUCAUAUUGAUUUAUGUAAAGCUGUAGAUAAUGCUUUAGAAAUUGUUCAAACUAUUGAUUCUAAUUCAUUUCAUGAAAGGUUAACUAAAAUGUAUUCAUGGGAAAAAGUUGCUGAAAAAACAGAAAAAGUUUAUAUGAAAGUUUUAUCUUAUCCAAGUCCAACCCUUUUUAAUAGAAUACGAAAAAUAUACGGCAUUAGCAGGGUGUUUAGUAAAAUUUAUAUUUUUAUAAUUAUUAUAAGUCAUUUAUAUUGCCAAAUAUUAGAAUGGAUUAAACCAAAAGAAGAUAUUGAAGAGGUAGUUAGCUUUCCACAUUUAAUAGAAGAAUAG